AGUCAAUUGUCAAAGUUCGUUGACAAUUUGAUACAGUGGCUGUAUUGGUGUCUUUUCCUGACAGGAAUAAUUGAGAAUAUCAGUUAAAGACGUUGAUCGUUUAAGGGAAGCCAUGGCAUCGCAAGUCACAAAGACCUUUAUAAAGGCGGCUCGUCCUACUUUCUCCGCAAAGUUUGAUACAGCCAGGCGUGCCCUAAGUGUAGGAGGGGCACUACAGCAGAAGAAGACUUUGCCAGACAAGACCGGCAAGAAUGUUGUUCUUGUUGAUGGAGUCAGGACACCAUUCUUGGUGUCGUUCACAGACUAUGCAAAGAUGAUGCCACAUGAACUGGCCAGGCAUUCCUUGCUAGGCCUUCUACAAAAGACUGGUAUACCCAAGGAGGUGGUAGACUACAUAGUCUAUGGCACCGUCAUCCAAGAAGUGAAGACUUCCAACAUUGGUCGUGAAGCUGCUUUAGCUGCGGGCUUCAGUGACAAGACACCUGCCCAUACUGUUACUAUGGCUUGCAUAUCAUCUAAUCAAGCUAUUACCACUGGUGUGGGCAUGAUAGCGGCUGGUGCUUAUGAUGUGAUUGUGGCCGGUGGAGUGGAGUUCAUGUCAGACGUGCCAAUCCGCCACUCACGCAAGAUGAGAGCCUUGCUUCUGAGACUCAACAGAGCCAAGACUCCGGCUCAGAGACUGUCCUUGCUAGCCAGUAUCCGACCUGACUUCUUUGCUCCCGAACUGCCGGCAGUGGCGGAGUUCUCGUCGGGCGAGACGAUGGGCCACAGCGCCGACCGGCUGGCGGCCGCGUUCGGGGCGUCGCGCGCCGAGCAGGACGAGUACGCGCUGCGCUCGCACUCGCUGGCGGCGCGCGCGCAGGCCGCCGGCCACUUCACCGACCUCGUGCCCGUUAAAGUGGAAGGUAAAGACGGUCUGGUGGACAAAGACAACGGCAUCAGGGUGUCGACUCCGGAGCAACUUGCCAAGCUGAAGCCGGCCUUCAUCAAACCUCACGGCACCGUCACUGCUGCUAAUGCGUCCUUCCUUACGGACGGUGCGUCAGCCUGUCUCAUCAUGUCGGAGGCGAAGGCCAAGGAGCUUGGUUUGAAGCCCAAGGCCUAUCUGAGAGACUUCACUUACGUGGCUCAGGAUCCCGUCGACCAGCUGUUACUUGGACCCGCUUAUGGCAUCCCCAAGAUCUUGGACAAAGCCGGUCUCAAGCUCAGUGACAUCGACACCUGGGAGAUUCACGAGGCCUUCGCUGGUCAAAUUUUGGCUAACUUGAAGGCACUCGACUCAGAUUGGUUUGGACAAACUUACCUCGGACGUCAAUCUAAGGUCGGAGCUCCUGAUUUAGACAAGUGGAACAAGUGGGGCGGUUCUCUGUCUAUUGGACAUCCUUUCGCUGCUACUGGGGUCCGCCUCGCCAUGCAUACGGCUCAUCGCCUGGUGAAGGAAGAUGGUCAGCUCGGUAUCAUCUCCGCCUGUGCGGCAGGCGGGCAGGGCGUCGCCAUGUUGCUGGAGAGGCACCCCGACGCCACCGCCAACUAACGACAAUCAACAGCAACUAACAGCAAUCAACAACCGACAAUAACAAACUGUUUGUGCUAAAUCAAACUCAAAAAAUUUGCCUUGAAGGGGUUGGGAGUUCUGAAAAGCUGGGUGUGACUGUUGAAAUUUAAUAUUUUUUAAAUUUUUAUGCUAUAUUAUUAUUUCUUUAACUUAUAAUCAAAUCCGUCAAAGAUUUUUUGAGUAGGUAAGUUAAUCUUUAGUGCACGCACUAAUCAUUGAAUAGUUAUCAUACUUCAUAUAUGAUAUAUGAUACUGGACAAAAAAAAUUUUUUUAGUAACAUCCCAUUACACUACACAUUUAUGUGCACAAAAAACAUGCUCUGCCAUAUAAAUAUAUACUGUAAAAGUAGUAUGUCACAGAAAACAUAAAUUUCAUUAUUUUUUUUUAAAUGUCAUAUUCUGUAGUUAACAAUAUAACCAAAUCUUUAGAUCUUGUCAAUCAAACCCAGUCUACUGAAAGCGGUAAGAAUUAUGUUUAACAAUGCGUAUUUAGUUUUUAAGGGAAAGUCUAUGUAUUUUUGAUGAUUAUUUAUAGAACUGUCUGUUUAAUAAAUAAAAAAUUAUAUUAUA